AUGGUGCAGCUCGAGGAAGUCGCCGACGAGGAUUUCUUCGCAACCCAGCCCGGUCCAAAGGAGGAUGAAGAUGAUUGGGACACUGACGAUGCUUCGGAGAUCUCAGAUGUUGACGACGACGAUGCGCUCGACGAGACCCUUGCCGAGCGACUAUCCGCAUUGGUAGAUAUUGUACCACCGAACUACCGCAAAAGCCUCUCAAACGCCACAUCGACAGCAUACUCAUGGGCAUCAAAAGGAUUGAGCAUUAGUGGAAAGACCGCCUGGAUUGUGAGCACAAGUGUUUUGUUGCUCGGAGUUCCAUGGGCCAUGGCCUUCUCCGAGGAGCAACAAGUACAAGAGAUGGAGCGUGAGAUGCGCGCACAGCAGAGCGCCAACGAGCUCCUGACAGCCCCUGCUGGGUCUGGACAAGCGAAGCCCGCGUUAUAG